ACCUCCCCCUCUCCCGAGAAGAGGCGAGGAGAACGAGCCACUCUUCCUCUCCUGGGCCAGCCUCCACUCUGAGCAGCACACGGGGGCUGAAAGGAGCUCAGUAGCCAGCCCUCUCACACGCCAGCUGGGCCCACAGAGCUGCGGGCACCAUGAAAGACGAGGUGGCUCUUCUGGCUGCUGUCACCCUCCUGGGAGUCCUGCAGCAAGCCUACUUCUCCCUGCAGGUGAUCUCGGCGCGGAGGCUCUUCCGCGUGUCGCCGCCGCUCACCACCGGCCCGCCCGAGUUCGAGCGCGUCUACCGAGCCCAAGUGAACUGCAGCGAGUACUUCCCGCUGUUCGUCGCCACGCUCUGGGUCGCCGGCAUCUUCUUUCACGAAGGUGCGGCGGCCCUGUGCGGCCUGGUCUACCUGUUGGCACGCCUCCGCUACUUUCAGGGCUACGCGCGCUCGCCGCAGCAAAGGCUGGCCCCGCUGUACGCGAGCGCGCGCGCGCUCUGGCUGCUGCUGGCGCUGGCGGCGCUCGGCCUGCUCGCCCACUUCGUCCCGGCCGCGCUGCGCGCCGCGCUCCUCGGACGGCUCCGCACCGUGCUGCCCAGGGCCUGAGAUGGAGGACGCCGGGUCGGCGGAACUGGGGAGCCCGGGCCUCCUGGACGGCGGGGGAGGGGUGCUCGCCCCCGCCUUCCAGCCUCGAAUUAAAGUGCCUGUGACCGGA